AUGUGUACGGCUGAAAAAUGUUGUUAUGUUGUGCCUUUAAAUAUUGGAUGUGUUGCAGUGGGAGUCACCAGUUUUAUCCUGUCUGCAUCAAUGUUUUCGAUUGCAACGCUGUUCUUUAUCCUGAAGACUGAAGAUAAUAAGCAGGAGCUAUCGGAGGAGAGCGUGCACUUUGCCAAGUACCUGGGCCUUAACCUGAACGUGUCAUCAGUCCACAUUAUCCUCUCUAUUACUAUAAUAAUUUCUUUGGCAUGGAUGAUGUUCUCCGUCCUUCUGAUCGUAGGCAUCCUCAGGAACAAUGUCAACUUCGUACUGAGUUACUUCUUGUUCGGUAUCGUGAUCAACAUCAUCAGUAUGCUUAGCGCUCUUCUGGUAUUGCUGCAAGGCAGCUGGGUGCUAUCCAUUUGCCUCUUCGUAUGGGCCCUUUUCCACAUACGUUUCCUGAUUGUAAUUCACACGGCUUACGACCUUAUGAACAUAGGCAAAGACUUCAGAUUUCGUCGACAAGGGAACGAUGUCGAUCUUCUAGUCGAAUGUUUCGAUGACAAUCUGGAUGAAUAGUGUUUAGGAAAUAAAGUUAAUUUUAGUUAUUUCCUAUAAAACGUAAUAUACCAU